GUAAAGUUUUCUGUCCAGGAAGGGGUAGUUAAGGUGUCGCUGUGUAGGCUACCUGGUUACGCUUGUAAUGUAACGUUAGUGCACGCUCGUUUGUCAAACUGUGAAGGUGAGACGUGAGCACUCUAAAAGAAGAUUCGUAUCCAUUUACAUACAUCAAACUCAAAGCUCUGGUUAUAGUCCUAGGUAGUCAAAAUAUAAGCUUCCUGCGGAAGGUGGUGCUACUGUUGUGAGUCUCCCUAAGACGUAAAAGAGGACGCUGUCUGUUUAAUUCUCGUCGGUAAACCUUAACACAGUUCCUUGCGUGGGGAUCUCUAUACAGCCAUGGACCCGGACAAUGGGAGGUACCUGAUGGAGAGGGGUCCCUCACCACCUUUGAGCUAUGUGUCCAUGGAGAGUGAGGAUGGCCAACAGCCUCAUCCAGAUAAAGUCAAUGAAGAACAUGUUUUCACUCCUAUAGGAGUGCAGCUGGAAAGAGCUGACUCGCCAGAGACCAGGAUGAGUGACACCUCUCAUGAGCAGCACUCCAGUCAGCCCAGAGAAGGAACAUUUCUCCCACAACAGGGGAGACCGGUUACAGUGUACCAACCAUUUGCUCUACGUCUGCCGGUGGUGGAGCCUGUAGUGCCAGAAUCAGAGGAGAAUCUCCCGCCCAUGGAACUGCCAUUCAUAUUCAAGUCAAUCCAGAAAACGCUGGAGCAGCUGAAUGCGGAAGAGCUGUUUCUGUUCAAGAAGUAUUUGAAUUACCGUCACCCAGAGCAUUUUGAGACUCUGAUGGAGGAUCUUGAUGUGCUGGAUGUUGUGGACAAGAUGCUGGAGCGCUGUGGCAAAGGAGGGGCUGUGAAGAUUACACUGCGCAUCCUGACCAGCAUGAAGAAAGACGAGCUUGCCAGUGCGCUGGAGGAAGCGUGCAAAAGAAUAAAGAUCCAGUAUGAGUUGAAAACCAAUCUGAAGAGGAAGUACGAAGCCAUAUUUGAAGGGAUCGCCAGACAAGGACAUCAAAUCUUUUUGCAUUGUGUCUACACAGACGUGCACAUGACGCAAGGUGGAAGUGGAGCGGUGAACCUUGAACACGAAGUAAGGCAACAUGAAACGGACUCAGAAUCAACAGAUUCACUUAAAUGCAGCCAACUCUUUGAGCCAUCAUUCCGUAGAGGGAGAGGUAUCCGAACUGUGAUGACAAGGGGUAUCGCAGGCAUAGGAUUAACGGUCGCCGUUCAGAAGUUCAUCGUUGACUGGACGUCAGAAGCAGCUAAUCAGGACAUUCAGUUUGUGUUUCCAAUUCCUUUCCGGGAAAUGAAUUUAGUCAGGGAAAAAAACUACAGUCUGAUAGAUCUCCUCUGCAACUUCUAUCCAGAAAUAAAAGAUAUGGACUUCAUUGAAGCUCCCGACUGCAAGGUUUUGUUCAUCUUCGAUGGCCUGGAUGAGUGUCGGCAUACCUUAAGCUUCCGGAAGAAUGAGCGCUGGCACGACAUAAAGGCACCGGCCUCAGUGGAUAUGCUGCUGACAAACCUCAUCAGGGGGAGGCUGCUUCCAAACGCUCUUGUGUGGAUCACCACGCGAUCAGCAGCUUCCAGUCUGAUCCCCGCUGACUGUGUCAACCUGCUCACCCAGAUGCGAGGCUUCACUGAUGAACAAAAGGAAGAGUACUUCAGGAAGAGAGUGCGUGAUCAGACCCUGGCCACCAAAAUUGUGGAAAAAGUGAAGGAAUCAAGAAGCCUUUACAUCAUGUGCCAUAUACCAUUGUUCUGUUGGAUUUUGGCAACUGUGUACGAGAGGAUGUUUACUGUGACCACAGGAGAGCGUCCCAUGACUGUAACACAGCUCUACACGCACUACAUUCUGCUUCAAACAAAUAUGAAGAGUCAGAAGUAUCAUGGAGGCCAUACCAGUGCACAGAAGUGGACAGAUUCAGACAGGGAGUUCACCAUAAAACUGGGGAAGCUGGCUUUUCAACAGCUGGAAAAGGGCAGCAAAGAAUUCAAUCCGGUAGACCUGAGGGAGGCUGGCCUUGAUGUUACUGAAACGUGUGUGCAGUCAGGGGUGUGCACAGAGAUGUUCUCCCCCAUGUACACAAUGUUCCAGCAGAGAGUGUUCCGUUUCGUACAUCUGAGCAUCCAGGAAUUUAUGGCCGCUUUGUAUGUGUACCUCUCCUUUCGAAACAGCAGUAAGAAUGUUCUUGACCAAGCCCUCACCAAUCCACUUUCAAGGUUAUUCAAAGAACCAUCACUCGUGGAUUUGCACAAGAGCGCAGUGGACAGAGCCUUACAGAGCAAAAAUGGACACCUGGACCUUUUCCUCCGCUUUCUUCUAGGUCUCUCAAUGGACUCCACCCAGGAUCUCUUAAGAGGCCUCCUGACACAGCCGGGAGAUCAUCACAGAGCAACUCCGAACCCACAGACCACACAGAGCAUCGAGGAGACAGUCAGGUAUAUCAGGAAGAAGAUGAGAGAGAACGCCUUCCCAGAGAGGUGUGGCAAUCUGCGCCACUGUCUAGCAGAGUUGCAUGCUGAACCCUGAGCCACUUGAUCCCAAUAACUGUGCUGUAGAAGUACAGUGUUAUAAUUUCCCCAUCCUGUGAUGUGGGGACAGGUCAGACAUGGAGAGUUGUACACCUCUCCCCUAACCUGUUACCCUUCCAGCAUACACAAAAUGAAUGAACUGAACUUACAUAGGGCCUUUCAUGAAGGAGCCCAAUGUGCUUUUUAGCAAAGGUGGAUGAUUCCCCUCAACCACCACCAAUAUGUUGCACCCGUCUGGUCCUGCAUGGUCUGACGUUUUUUGUGCAUUAAAUGCUCCUCCACGGAGUUUUCCCAAAGACAUUCUGCUACUAUUGGUGAAGAAAAACAAAGAUGGAUUAGAAGAUGUACAAGAAUCGGCUUGUAAAUCUCAUCAUCAUUAGAGAAAGUGGAAAAUAAUGAAUUGCCUUAGGUUAGUAAUAAGGGGUGCCUUAAAAUGUUGGUGUUGUUUCCUGUUGGUCAUGGUAUACUAGAUUUGGUGAAACUGUUUUCAUGAAUAUGACAUAUAAGAGCUUGUGAGUUGCAGGGGAUAGUCAGUCCCUGACACACUCUUGACAGACUGGAAGGCAAGGACAUCAGAAAAAAAUAUCAUUUUCACAGUCUGAUUUUG